GGCACUCGAGAGAAAAAGAGCUAGAUAUGUAAGCUGUAAGCUAUCUUGUUAUAAGCAUCAAUAAAUGUGGUUAAGCAAAUAGACUGUGGUGAAGGAGAUUAGGAAAGGAAAAGCCUGAGACAAUUUCUACCAGUGACUCAUAGAACUGAAACUGAAACACUUUCUCUUCCUGCUUCACAAUGACGUCAGUGAUGUCAGAGAAGGACCACUCUUCAGCAUCCACACAACCGCACCCAGUCUGAGAAAAAAGGAGGAAAAUCAUUCAGACUCAUUGUGUCUUCAGUUGUACAGCAAUGAAUGAACAAACAGGUCCUGAAGCUGCUUCUGCAAAACAUGCAAGGAAUAGGCAAAAUGAAGUUGAGCAGUUGAAGACCACUGAUAGUUUGCCAGAGCGUAAAGGAGCUGGUGGUGACACUAUUUCCAUAAUGAUGGUGGAAGAAACUAAAACAAAAUCCUCAGGUGGUACUGCAAGAGGUUUCCUAAACCGCAUGUUAAAGACAAAAAAGUUGGGCAAAAAACAUUCCUCAGAAUCUAAUCCAGAGCAUAAGGGGGUUGGAGGUGACUCUAUUUCCACAAUGAUGGUUAAACAAACUAAAAAAUCCUCAAAUGGUUCUGCAAGACCUUUCUUAAAUCUCACAUUAAAGAAAAAAAAGUCAGACAAAAAACAUUCCUCAAAAUCUAAUCCAGAGCUCUUGGAUUUCAGUCAGAAUCUGGAACUGGGAUAUUUGGCAGAAGCUAGCCAGCAACUUUUGGAAAGGGAGAAGUGCCUCUUUAGCUCACAGUCAUCAGCUAAGGAGGUGAUUUGCACAGAAGAUGAAAAAAAAGGUUUGAGGAAGGACUAUGAGACUCUGAUGGAUCAUCUGAAGAUGGCUGUCCAUGAUUCCUUUAACAUGGAGAAUCAGGAGAUGCUGAGAAGUGCUAUAAUGGCUAUAGCUCAGCAGGAGGAACAAGACAGGCACUGGGAAGAGGCAGCAGAGGAGUCCCCAUGUUGGCGCCCCAUGAGAUGCCGACAGAUCCAUGACAUGAUAAUUAAGGAGGUGGUGGAGGUACGGCUGCAGCAAGUAAAUGAAGAAGAGCUUGACACAGACGUGCUGAAAAGAGAGGUGGUACAGAUAGGCAGUGUCAUUCAGAAUGACCUGCUUCAAGUUGUCAAUCACGUGCAGAAAUGUUACUCAUCAGAUUUCAACGUGUGUGACAUGUAUGCUCAGCUCUAUCAUCAAGCUUUCUCAACAAAACUCAAGAAACUUCUACAGUUCAGUGUUACUGGGGAGGAUUACAGAUUCAUACUGAAACAAAUAAACAAUUAUCCAAAGGCUAUUUUGCAACAGGACGAACUGAACUCAAACAUCACAAUUGAAUCAUUAGGAGCUUUGUUAACUGAGGAAGAUCAUAAGUCACUGGAGGAGCAAUAUUUGUCACACAAAGAGAAAGAAGUCAAGACUUGGUUGUCCAAUGCUCUUAAGUUAAAGGAGGCAGACUGGCAGGCUAAUAAAAAACCUGAACUUAUUGAUGAAUAUUAUUUUUGCAAUCUCGCUUUAGAUGUUAUAGCGGUUAUUGAUGGAGCCAUAAAAGACGUUGGAGACUUUCUGGGAAAUGAUAAAGCACAGCAAAUGUUUUUGCAGAUGGGCGGCUUCCUAAUGAGUUAUAAGAACUCCGUGGAGGAAUUUCUUAAAUGCCAGCAGACGAACAUGGCUGAAAUCAUGAAAGCCCAGCUGUUUAAUAUCAGCAAGAUAAGGGAGCAUAUAGAGAAACAAGAGAAUCUUCCAGAUGAAAUGAAAGUAGCCUGGCUAUCGAUUGCAUCAGAGCUAAGAGACUCCAGUCACAGUUACUUCCUCAGCCCCAUACACAAGGAACUCAAGGUGAAUUACCGUGAAUUGUGGACUCCAGCUUGGUUUUCAAAGCAUGAAGAGAUUAUUGGCAAACUAGAAGCUACACUGAAUGAGAAAAUUCAUUCUUUGAAAGGCCUACACAGUGCCUGUCUAAAGGAGCUGUUGAGUCAGCUGCAUUUUGAGGUGAUGAUUGAAUAUGUCAAAAGGAUGCUAAAGAGGAAACUGAAACUAAAAAACAAGGACAAGCAGGAGGCAGCUGCAUGCUUUCUGUGUCAGGACAGUGACAGAAUCAACACACUGUUUUACACAAAUGGAUCGGAGAAGGAAUGGCUAUCAGUAAUUUUGCCCAGAGUUUCAGAAGUGAUAAAGGAGCAAGAUCCAGAAAACCUUGAACUAGAAAUCUGCGUGCUGUUAAAACACCACCCUGACCUCAGUGAACGGCAGGUCUGUCAGCUCUUGCAGCUGAAAAACAGAUGUCCAGAUGUGCACAUGGUCAGAGAAUGUUACCAUCAGUCUACGAAAAAUCUGGAAGACUCUGAGCCGACUCCAGCUUUCUUCUGCCAUGUGCCUGGGAGUAUCUCAUUGAGCUUCUUUUCUUGUUUCUGCACACUCCCGUUCUUUCGUUUGAAUGAAGUGCCAUGUAGGAAAUGAUAACAACUACUCUUUCAUGUUUGUCACAAUACAACAAAAAUCAAAUGACAAAGAGGCAAGCCACAGAGUUGCAUAAUUAAAUUUACUUAAUUAAAGUUUAAAAAAAAAGAAAAGAGAAUUAUACAAUAUUUGUGGGUAUCAUUUUAUGGGAUUAAGUAAAAGGAUCUGACCAAAUUCAGUUUUAGUGUAAAUUGUAGCUCAGGAUAAGCUCAGAUUGGUCAAAUGUUUGACCCAACAAUGUUGCUAACUUUGCUGUAAGCUGAAUCUGACCAUGCAAUGUGGAGUUAAUGCCUAAUAGCCUCAAAAACCUAAUUGGUAUGUGUAGUUCAAACAUGAUAAUGACCUUUGUGAUGCAGGCAUUAACAUAAAGACUGCUAAUUAACAUGCUACAAGGAAGAUGUGAUUGUGACUUGAUGUGAUGGUGCCUGUUCUGGAUGUAUGGCAAGUGAAUAAGCUUGCGCUGUGGGAAUGUGACUCAGCAGCUGGCUGGACAGAAUUCUUUUGCAAAUUUGCAUGGCAUUUGCAAGACAGAAGAAUUCCAUGUAUGGUACACUAUUGCAGCAUUGCAUCUGUCAACUUUUCCUCUCUUUCCAGCCGAAAGAAAUUAAGGUCAUUCCCAUCCUCCAUCACUGGAUGGUUGACGCCUGUCUUGCUGCUCAUGGAUAUGACAUUGUUUAUGUUUUAGGUGUUUUUUGGGUUGCUGAAUAUAAGUGAGAUUCUAAGAUCACAGCCACAAGAAAAUGUCUCUUAGUUGGAGCAAAUAUGGCUGUAAGAUUAAGUGUGAAUAUCAAAGCCCCUAAACCUAAAGAAAGCCCAAUUUUAAUAUGAAAGGGCACAGAACAUAAGCAGGCAGUUUGAAAUAGACUAGUGUUUUGUGUGUCCAUGGCUGUGUUCCAGGGGUACCUAAAUUCUGCUGACAAAACUAGGCAUCUUUCAGCAUUUUAUAUGGGUAGGUAUAAUGCACUUAUUAAAAUACAUUAUCAUUUCUAUGGUGAUGCUCCACACAAUCUAAGCAUAAUAAUAAACACAUUAAAAAUGUGUCGUUAUUUAGCAAAGAAAACCAAAAGUUUUAGCAAAAGUUGUUAUAUUUGUUUAUAUGGUAAAGCUUUCUGUAAGGAAACGUUAACUUAAUGGAAGGAGUCUCCAAUGUCAGUGCUUUGUAACAGGUAAAGCUGUAAAAUUAAGCUUACCAACACACCACCGCCUUCAGAACAGAUGAUCUUGUGCUUUGGAGUGUCUUGAUAACAAGCUGAUUUUUUUUCUGAUAUUUAUUUAUUUAUUUAUUUUUUUGUCUUAUUGAAGAAAAAAAGUGAGGCUGGUGAGGUAGUGACUGUUUAUACCUCCUACAAUGUAAGUGACAACAGGAGCUUACUUGUUUCAUGAAUGUUUCACAGCAUUAAAUGUAACUAUAAAAAGUAUGAUGGGCUGUUCUUUAAUAAAUAAAAAUAAUAAAUUGUUGGCAAAUUGCUGUGAUAUAAGAAGAAUAAUACACUUCAGGACAAACUGUUAUAGGAAAAUAAUCUUUGGGAUGGUAACAUAUCACACCACCCUGUUGGUGAUUAUUUUCUGUAACAGCAUGCCCCGCUGUGUUUUAUUCCUCAUAUACACAAAAAAAAAAAAUUUAGAUACAGGAGAUGUAUGAGAUUUAUUGAGUUUCCGCUUGGCGGUCACAGGUUUUGUUGUAUUGAUUUUUUCUUUAACAAUAUAAGACUUCAUUUAUACUCUGUUUAAACAUUUUGCAUAAGAUCAGUAAUUAAGUCUGACAUUAGAUUUCAAGAGAAACGUGAGUAAUAUUUCAAACUACAUGACUGAAAUUAGAGCAGAAAUUUGUGUGUCUUCAGAAACAUACAUGUUAUUUGUAUCAAAGAAUGUGAAAUGUGUGCUAAUACCUUUAUUAGUUUCAGACAAGCCACAUAAUAUUACUGUAUUGCAUAAUGGCCAAUGAACAGUUGAUUUUCUGGUUUACAUUUCGCUAUUUCCCUUGGUUUUGGGGAAUAACCUAGUAUAUUUGAGUGUGACCUUCUUCAGUAUGAGUCAGUAGACAUGUGCCAGGUCUUACAGUCUUGCAUAACUCACUGGUCAAUUGUUUUUUCUUUCACUUGUAAGGGGAAGAAAAAUUUUAAAUGUGUGUGUGUGACAAUGUGUAUAAGUAAGUGUGAACUAAAUGUACUUACUUAGUGGUGGUUCUAGUAGUCAGUUUAAAUUGCAUCCCUCAUCCCCCUCAUCUCUCAUCACUGUUUCAAACUGGAAAUAUUCUGUGCAUGCAUAAAAUAAACAACUUGUU